AUGGGUACCCUUACUUCGCUUGCUGAAGAGAUACUUGCGAAUGCGAAGCGUCUUGACCAGCACCUCUCAUCCCAACAUGUGAUGCCCACCUCUUUUGACCAUGACAGCCUCGCAGACCUGCCAUCCGAGCUGGAAUCCACCAAAAAGGCACUCAUCAACUCAACCCAGACGUUGAAACAGCUAUGUCAAGGCCCCGUUGGCAGCUCGAUGGAGAUUAUAUUCAAUUGGACCGACCUCCUUUCACUACGAGUGAUAUAUGAAUUUAAGCUCGCCCAAGCCGUCCAGGUUGAGGGUUCAACAACUUAUCAUGAGAUCUCUUCAAAAAGCGGCCUUCCUGAGGCUUUGGCCCGACGUUUCAUGCGCCACGCAAUGGGAAACCAUAUAUUCGCAGAAGUAUCUCCUAACGCGGUCCGACAUACAGCAGCUUCGCGAAUGAUGGCUACAGACCCCGAUUUCUUUGACGCGGUUGGACUGGAGGCAUCGGAGCUCGCGCCGACGGCAGGCAGAGUUAUCGAAGCCUUGAAACGGUACGGCGACUCAGGUGAGCCAAACGAGUCGGCCUUCAGUAUGGCGAAUGAGACCACCUUGUCCAUUUUCCAGUUUCUAGGUCAACACCCGGAGCGUGCGAGGCGGUUCGGUUCUGGUAUGCGUUUCUUCACCAAAGGCGAGACUUGGGAUCUGAAGCAUCUCGUCUCGGGCUUCGACUGGGCUUCUUUUGACCACCCUGGCGCCACGGUGGUAGACAUGGGCGGCGGCAACGGCAGCGUCUCACAAUUUUUAGCCAGGUCAACUCAGCACAUAACAUUCAUUGUCCAAGAUCUCCCUGGCACAGUCGAGCAGGGCCGCGCGUCGCUCCCGGUGGAGUUCAAAGGAAGGGUCGAAUUCAUGGCCCAUGACUUUUUCACCGAACAGAAACUGCAAAAUCCUGACAUCUACCUAUUUCGGUGGAUUAUGCACAAUUGGAGUGACCCGUAUUGCAUGAAAAUGCUGCAAAAUUUAAUCCCAACAAUGCGCAAUGGCUCCCGUAUCCUUCUCUACGAAUGCGUCCUUGAAGAUACACCAGCAACACUGCUGACGGAGAAAAUGGGACCGAAUUUAGACAUGAUCAUGGCCGCCUGCUUCAACAGUGCCGAGCGCACAAGAGCUGACUGGCUUCGUUUACUCGAAAAGACCGACAAGCGCUUUUGUCUCCACAGUAUUUCCCAGCCAGAGGGAAGCACUAUGAGUAUCAUCGAGGUACUAUGGAAGUCCGCAUAA